GUAGACGAGAGUGUCCCACAAAAAAAAUACAUGUUGCAACGGUGGAGUUGUGGAAAUUAUUUUGGGUAGAUGGCGGUCUAUGACUGUGAAAUGGAGUAUCGUAUAGAGAGAAGAGAACAUAAGGUUUGGAGAGAUAUGUAUUGAGACACCGCCUGCGCCAAUUAUCGUCCACAUCUCUUAUUUCCUUUCAAUCCGGCCCACAAUUAUAAGGUCUCCCUCUCACUCUUCACCCAAGGCAGACCUUAACACCCUUCUCUCUCUCUCUUUCUCUCUCUCUCAAACUCUGCUUGAGUUAUUCAGAUUGUGUAGUGGCAGUCAUGGCUCAGGCUCUGGUUCAGUCGACUAACUACCUUUCAUCAGUUUCUGUUGGAAGAGAUGGUCAAUUCAAGCAAUCUGGAAAAACUAAAAGGCCAGCUACAAUGGUAUGUAGUUUACAAACACCUCCCCUUAGGAUGGGGAGUUUCUCAGGAUUGCGAGGAUCCAAUGCUUUAGAUAUGAUGGUAAGAUCCGGACAAACCUUACAUUCCAAGGUGGCAGCUGCGACUUCUGUGCAGCGAGGAAGGGGAUGUCGUGUUGUACCAAAGGCUAUGUUUGAGCGGUUCACAGAGAAAGCAAUAAAAGUUAUAAUGCUUGCCCAAGAGGAGGCAAGACGGCUCGGUCACAAUUUUGUUGGUACAGAGCAGAUUUUAUUGGGUCUUAUUGGUGAGGGCACUGGCAUUGCUGCCAAGGUCCUCAAGUCCAUGGGAAUCAAUUUGAAAGAUGCUCGUGUGGAAGUAGAGAAGAUAAUUGGAAGGGGCAGUGGAUUUGUUGCUGUGGAGAUCCCAUUUACUCCUCGUGCAAAGCGCGUUUUAGAACUCUCGCUAGAGGAAGCCCGCCAGCUUGGCCAUAAUUAUAUUGGAUCAGAGCACUUGCUACUGGGAUUGCUGCGUGAGGGUGAAGGUGUAGCAGCCCGGGUUCUUGAGAAUUUAGGUGCUGAUCCGAGCAAUAUUCGUACACAGGUUAUUCGAAUGGUUGGUGAGAGUGCAGAAGCUGUUGGUGCUGGUGUGGGAGGUGGAAGUUCUGGCAACAAGAUGCCCACACUGGAGGAGUAUGGCACUAAUUUGACGAAGAUGGCAGAGGAGGGUAAACUGGAUCCUGUUGUUGGAAGGCAGCAGCAAAUCGAACGGGUAACACAAAUUUUGGGCCGGCGAACAAAAAAUAAUCCUUGUCUCAUUGGGGAACCUGGCGUUGGGAAAACAGCUAUUGCUGAAGGCCUUGCUCAAAGAAUUGCAACUGGUGAUGUUCCAGAAACAAUUGAAGGGAAGAAAGUUAUAACACUGGAUAUGGGUCUUCUAGUUGCUGGCACAAAAUAUCGUGGAGAGUUUGAGGAAAGAUUGAAGAAGCUGAUGGAGGAAAUUAAACAAAGUGAUGAAAUUAUACUUUUCAUUGAUGAGGUGCACACAUUAAUUGGAGCAGGAGCGGCAGAAGGGGCAAUUGAUGCUGCGAACAUAUUGAAACCAGCUCUUGCUAGAGGUGAACUGCAGUGUAUUGGGGCUACAACCCUGGAUGAAUACAGAAAGCACAUUGAGAAAGACCCUGCUCUGGAAAGACGAUUCCAACCAGUGAGAGUACCUGAACCCACUGUGGAUGAAACAAUACAGAUUUUGAAAGGACUUCGAGAGCGAUAUGAGAUUCAUCAUAAGCUCCGUUACACUGAUGAAGCCUUAGUUUCUGCAGCCCAUCUGUCAUACCAGUACAUCAGUGACCGUUUUCUGCCUGAUAAAGCAAUUGACUUGGUUGAUGAGGCUGGUUCUCGUGUUCGACUUCGUCAUGCACAGCUCCCAGAGGAAGCCAGAGAGCUUGAGAAAGAGCUCAGGCAGAUCACAAAGGAGAAGAAUGAAGCUGUCCGUGGUCAAGACUUUGAAAAGGCUGGAGAGUUACGAGAUAGGGAAAUGGAUCUUAAGGCACAGAUAUCCACUCUUGUAGACAAAAACAAAGAGAUGAGCAAGGCAGAAACCGAGGCAGGGGAUGGGGGCCCGGUUGUGACAGAAGUUGACAUUCAGCACAUUGUCUCUGCUUGGACUGGCAUACCUGUUGAGAAAGUGUCUACUGAUGAAUCUGAUCGCCUCCUCAAAAUGGAAGAGACCCUCCACAAACGAGUCAUUGGUCAGGAUGAAGCUGUCAAAGCCAUCAGCCGUGCUAUUCGUCGUGCCCGUGUUGGGCUUAAGAACCCCAACCGGCCAAUUGCUAGCUUCAUCUUCUCUGGGCCAACUGGUGUCGGAAAGUCAGAACUGGCAAAAACACUGGCGGCCUACUACUUUGGGUCAGAAGAAGCCAUGAUCCGGCUUGAUAUGAGUGAGUUCAUGGAGAGACACACUGUCUCGAAGCUCAUUGGUUCACCACCUGGUUAUGUUGGUUACACUGAAGGUGGUCAGCUAACUGAGGCUGUUAGACGCCGUCCUUACACUGUUGUGCUCUUCGAUGAAAUUGAAAAGGCUCAUCCAGAUGUCUUCAAUAUGAUGCUUCAGAUUCUUGAGGAUGGAAGGUUGACAGACAGCAAGGGCAGAACUGUGGACUUCAAGAAUACACUUUUGAUUAUGACUUCCAAUGUUGGAAGUAGUGUGAUUGAGAAGGGAGGUCGUCGUAUUGGUUUUGAUCUUGAUUAUGAUGAGAAGGAUAGCAGUUACAAUAGAAUUAAAAGCUUGGUGACCGAAGAACUGAAACAAUAUUUCAGACCAGAGUUCCUGAACAGAUUGGAUGAGAUGAUUGUGUUCCGACAGCUCACCAAGCUGGAGGUGAAAGAGAUUGCUGAUAUAAUGUUGAAAGAGGUUUUUGAGAGGCUGAAAACCAAGGAGAUAGAGCUUCAGGUAACAGAAAGGUUUAGGGAUAGGGUGGUUGAAGAAGGGUACAACCCAAGCUAUGGUGCGAGGCCACUAAGGAGAGCCAUUAUGAGACUGUUGGAGGAUAGUAUGGCUGAGAAAAUGCUUGCACGGGAGAUCAAAGAGGGUGAUUCAGUCAUCGUCGAUGUUGAUUCUGAUGGUAACGUGACUGUCCUCAAUGGUAGCAGUGGUGCUCCUCCAGAGUCAUUACCAGAGCCUAUUCCGGUGUAGACCAAAGCUUUUCAUAUUGUGAUAUAUACCAAUAUGUUGUUUGUACUGCUGCUUUUUAUUAUUGGUUAGUAAUACGUUUAUAUUUUUGUUGAAGAAACUGGUUGGGAGUAGAUUAGAAGCGGAAGCAGAGUCAAUCGUGUCCAAGUUUGAGGGAUGUAUCUACUCUCAAUUGUAUGCACAGUUCAGUCACUCAUCAGUUGUUUGUGUUAGAUUGCAGACAUUCACAAUUUGGUAGCAGCAAUAGGUGUAAAAUCAUGUCGUUGCUUAUAGUGUUACAAUACCUCUUGGCUGUGAGAUUUAUGUUCUUUUGCCCUGUAUAAGGUUAUGUAAUUGCAAUGCCAAUGACAGCUGCUAGUUCCCCGUU